AUGCACGAAUAUAAAUUAGUCGUAUUAGGUAGUGGUGGUGUAGGCAAAAGUGCAUUAACUGUACAAUUUGUUCAAGGCGUGUUCGUUGGCAAAUACGAUCCAACUAUCGAAGAUUGUUAUCGAAAGGAAAUAGAAAUCGAUGGGGUGAAUUGCAUGUUGGAAAUCCUCGAUACUGCUGGAACGGAACAAUUCACAGCAAUGAGAGAUUUAUAUAUGAGAAAUGGUCAAGGUUUUGUUCUCGUUUAUUCAAUUAUAUCUCAAGCAACAUUCAAUGAUUUGGUCGAUAUCAAAGAUCAAAUCAUGCGUGUUAAAGAUAUUGGUAGUGAUAUACCAAUGGUAUUGGUUGGAAAUAAAUGUGAUCUGGAAGACGAACGUGCAGUGGGAAAACAUCAAGGAGAAUCUCUAGCUCGUUCGUUCGGUUGUACAUUCCUAGAGACAUCCGCGAAACUAGAAAUCAAUGUCGAUGAAAUUUUCUAUGAUUUAAUUCGACAGAUUAAUCGUAAAGGACAUCGACCGAAGCAACUUGCAUCGCCCGAUCGCAAUCAUGUCGAACAAACUGCCGAUCAUGAAUAUGCUGCUCAGUCAACCCCAAUAAAUCAAAACUCCUCACGUGUUUUUUUCCCUUCUGGGAAGUGCACAAACAAAAAACAAUAUGAUCAAAUCACUAACUAA